GGGAGCCGGCGGCAGUGAGUAGGCGGUGGCCGGCCGGGCCGGGCCACGCGGGCGCGGCUGCUGGGGCAGGUCCAGGCAGGGCCGGGCGGGGAGCAGGCAGCCGAGCCGGGCCCCGGCGCCGGAGCCCGAGCGCGGACACCGAGGCCGCGACCCCGCCUCCGGCCCGCCCUGCGCCCGCCGCCCGCGGUCGGCGCCCGGAGCUCGGAGCGCGCGGGGCAGGGCCGCGCGGAGCUGCAGCCGGGGCCGCGGCCGCAGCCGGAAGCCCGAGGGGGAAGCCCGAGCCCCGCGCGCUCAUGGCGGGGCCGCGGGGCGCGCUGCUGGCCUGGUGCCGCCGCCAGUGCGAGGGCUACCGCGGCGUGGACAUCCGCGACCUGAGCAGCUCCUUCCGGGACGGCCUGGCCUUCUGCGCCAUCCUGCACCGGCACCGGCCCGACCUGCUAGAUUUUGAUUCACUUUCCAAGGACAAUGUCUUCGAGAAUAACCGUUUGGCCUUUGAAGUGGCUGAGAAGGAGCUGGGGAUCCCUGCUCUCCUGGACCCCAAUGACAUGGUCUCCAUGAGUGUCCCCGACUGCCUCAGCAUCAUGACCUACGUGUCCCAGUAUUACAACCACUUCGCCAGCCCUGGCCAAGCUGGUGUCUCAGCACCCAGAAAGGACCUGGCACCCUCUUCCCUGCCAUCCGAAACACCUACUCCAACGGAACCAGGAGACACGGCUCAGGGUGAGGAGCUCUCCCCCAGCAGCCUGUCAGAGCAGGGCACCCACCGGACCCCCAGCAGCACAUGCGCGGCCUGCCAGCAGCACGUGCACCUGGUGCAGCGUUACCUGGCCGAGGGCAAGCUGUACCACCGGCACUGCUUCCGGUGUCAGCAGUGCUCCAGCACCCUGCUCCCUGGAGCUUACAGGAGUGGGCCCGAGGAGGGCACCUUUGUGUGUGCGGAGCACUGCGCCAGGCGGGGCCUGGCUAGGUGGCCAGGGGCCAAGCUCGGGCCCCCUCGACAGCCAAAGCAGCAGCAACUUGCAGAAGAAGCCAAGGAUGUGGAGGGAGACAGUCCUUGUCCUCAUGCGGCUGCAGGGGUUAAGGUGGACACGCCCAAGGCCAGCCCUGAGGCCCGGCCCCAGAUCCCCACCAAGCCCCCGGUUCCUGGAAAACCCCAGGAGCUGGCCAGCCCCCCGGCCAGCCGCCCCACGCCUGCCCCCAGGAAGGCCUCGGAGAACACAGCCCCGACACCCCCCACGCCCCGGCCCCGGUCCAGUCUGCAGCAUGAGAACUUGGAGCAGAGUGGCAGCAGUGGCCUGGUGAAUGGAAAGCUGCACGAACCCCCCGUCCCCAAGCCGAGAGGGACGCCCAAGCUGUCAGAGAGGACACCAGCCCCCAGGAAGGACCCCCCAUGGAUCACGCUGGUGCAGGCAGAGCCAAAGAAGAAGCCCGCCCCCCUGCCCCCAAGCAGCAGCCCUCGGCCGCCAAGGCGGGACAGCAGGCAGGUGGAGAAUGGUGGCGUGGAGGAGGUGGCCCCACGGAGCCUGGCGGCGGCUGGCCAAGAGCCCAAGCCCUACAACCCCUUUGAGGAGGAGGAGGAGGAGGAGCCCCCCGCUGCACCCAGCCUGGCCCCUGGCCCGGCCCCCCCUGAGUCCACACCCAAGUCCCUGCACCCCUGGUAUGGCAUCACUCCCACCAGCAGCCCCAAGACAAAGAAGCGCCCUGCUCCCCGCGCGCCCAGCACGUCCCCACUCGCUCUCCACACCUCCCGCCUCUCCCACUCGGAGCCGCCCUCGGCUACCCCGUCGCCAGCCCUCAGUGUGGAGAGUCUGUCGUCCGAGGGCUCCAGCCAGACCCCUGCUGGGGAGCUUCUGGAGCCACCAGUCGUGCCCAAGAGCUCCUCAGACCCUGCUGUCCAUGCCCCCAGCACUCCUGGGACCUCUGCCAGCCUCUCCGCCAACUCCUCCCUGUCCUCCUCUGGGGAGCUGGUACAGCCCAGUGUGGACCGGACGCCGCAAGCCAGCCCUGGCCUUGCCCCCAAUGCUAGGGGCAGCCUGGGUCCCCAGCCAGCCAAGCCCCGCAGUGGCGCUGCCCCCACCCCUCUCUUGUUGGUUGGAGACAAGAGCCCUGUGCCUUCCCCUGGAACCUCGUCCCCGCAGCUCCAGGUAAAGUCUUCCUGCAAGGAGAAUCCUUUUAACCGGAAGGCAUCACCCACAGCAUCCCCAACCACAAAGGUCACCAAGGGAUCCAAGCCAGCAAGGCCGCCUGCCCCAGGACACGGCUUCCCUCUCAUCAAGCGCAAGGUCCAGGCUGACCAGUACAUCCCCGAGGAGGACAUCUACGGAGAGAUGGACACCAUCGAGCGCCAGCUGGAUGCCCUGGAACACCGUGGGGUUCUGCUGGAGGAGAAGCUGCGUGGCGGGGCAAACGAGGGCCGUGAGGACGACAUGCUGGUGGACUGGUUCAAGCUCAUCCACGAGAAGCACCUGCUGGUGCGGCGGGAGUCGGAGCUCAUCUAUGUCUUCAAGCAGCAGCACCUGGAGCAGCGCCAGGCCGACGUGGAGUAUGAGCUGCGGUGCCUUCUCAAUAAGCCAGAAAAGGACUGGACAGAGGAGGACCGGGGCCGCGAGAAGGUGCUGAUGCAGGAGCUUGUGACCCUCAUCGAGCAGCGCAACGCCAUUGUCAACUGCCUGGACGAGGACCGGCAGAGGGAGGAAGAGGAGGACAAGAUGUUGGAAGCCAUGAUCAGGAAGAAAGAGUUCCAGAAGGAGGCUGAACCCGAGGGCAAGAAGAAGGGGAAGUUCAAGACCAUGAAGGUGCUGAAGCUGCUAGGAAACAAGCGUGAUACCAAGAGCAAGUCCCCCGGGGACAAGAGCUAACAGCGAGGGCCGCCAGCCGGGGACUCCCACCCGUCCUGUCUUGGAUCCCGGGCUGUGCUUGCUGGGGGACACCUGCUUCCCUUCAGGAUCAGUCGAGAGGAAAGAUGACUUACGGGGAGGGAGCCUUUGGGUGGCCUCUCCCUCCUCAGGGUCCUCUGGCUGGUCUGGGCCAAAGUUUUCUUCCCUCUUCUCUGAGCCACAGGCAGCUGAGGCUCAGCCCUGCCCAGCCUGGUUCUGACGACUCCAGAUGCUGUGACUGACCCAAGGAGCAGGCAGGGUCCUGAGUCCAGGGGGCAGCAGCAGCCGAGCACAGCUGCCCCUCGUCCUGCCCAGCCCCUGCUGUGAUAGACAGCUCCUUGGUCCCUCUUCCCUCUUCCCACAUCCAGACGGGAUUCUUAGCUGGCAAAGUCCUGACCCGAAGGUCCUCCGAGGCGCGAGGUCUGUCCUUGGUUGGCCUCUGGCCUGGUCUCCUGCCUCUAGGGUUCUGCCCCCUUGGCAGGCCAGCAAGCAGGGCUUGGUUGCAUUGGCUUCUUCCUGCCCCAGCCCUGCCUCUGAGUCCCUGCCUUCCUUUCUAGGGCAGGUGGCCCUGAGUCUGUUUCUCUGCACUCAGGAGCUCUAUUUAUGAAGUCGCUGAUUAAGUUUGAGUUAGUCACUGUGUCCUCAGACACGAAGAGGCCUGAUGGACAGAACCCUUCCUCUGUCCUUGCACAUUCUAGGAGGUGCUUCCCUCACCUCCUCUGGUUCCAUAGGAACAAGACCUCACGUCCCAGGACACGGGACUGUGAUGGCGUGCUGGGUGGGUGGGUGCCCUUGUGCUGAGUCCCCCAGAGAGGGCCUCUGGGUGGCAGGCCCCCAGCUACAGUUCUGGUUCCUGAUCAGCUGAGGGGCCGUGCUUCAUGUAGGUGCUAAUCCUGGCUCUUUAACACACUGUAGUCCGGCCCCUCAUUUAGGCUUGUCCCCACCACCCCAGGGCUCGGGGAUGGGGGGCCCAUUGUCUCCUCACACCUGUCUGUUGUUUGUUCUCUCCCGACUUGUUGCCACCAAAGGACUGACGGCCACUCCCCCACUGGGAUGGCUGUGGGAGAGGAGGAGCUGAGGGGACAGCGCCUUUCCCCCCGGGAAUGUGUCCAGCAGCUCUUGGUCGAAGCACUGUUGCUAUAAGCUAUUUCUGGGGGCCUCCAGGGCCCCUCGCCUCAGCACACCUCUCGGGAAAGAUCGCACUGUAUUAACUCGCGGGGUUUUCCUCACCGACAAUAAAUGGAGACAACCUCAGCUGCCUGCCCUGCAGCCUCAGGGUGCUUUUCCCUCA